CGUCCUUUCCCUGGUACCGAAACGAAAUUAGUUCGAUGAAAUCCUUUGAAAUUCUACCGUAACCCUACAGACAUGCAAAUGAGUUGAGAAUUGUUUGGUUUUGGCCUCUACUGCGUUACAUUCAGCCUCGUUAACCCAUUUGCCCCUUUUAUACACGGUUAGUAGGCCAGAUAACAUUAAAAUCUUUGGGUUUGGCAUAUGGAGAAAAUUAUCAUAUUAUGAUGAAGCUUUCAAUUAUGAAAUUAAUCGAAUGGUGAUAAAGUGACAGUUGUGUAAAAGUUGAAGCUAGACCAUCAGAGAACACUACACAAGGAAUCACCAUGGCAAGUUCACAUAUGGUGGCUUUUCUGCAGAAAGGUGCUCCAUUCACUCGAAACUGUCAUAGGCAAAGGCACAAAGGAAGCAUGCUGAAUUUCCGAUAAAGCAGUUGUUGCAGAGAUUUCUCCAGGUCACGCUCAGAAAACUCAGCCAUCCUUGACAAAAGAGCGAGACAGUCACGCCAUCUACGUCUUGGUCAAUAUUCGCAGAGCUCAGGACAAGGUAUCUCGAGGCCAAACUCCGUGUCUUAUUUGUUCGGAAACACGUUUUUCGAGGAGAGAGAGAUCCUGCGCACGAUUUCCGAUGAAAAUUUUCAAACCAGUCGAUGCUGUUUUGCAGAUCUGGAAUUUUUCGACGAUUUUUCAAAGAUUGUCCAAAUUUGGAAGCAGAUGACCAAAUCAGUUUCGCUUAAGCUUUUACCUGGAAGAUCUAAGUGACGUGCAGAUCCAGGAAGAACGCUGCUGGCAGUUCGUCUCGUGCAAACGAUAUUUGUAGGAAAAAUUGCUGCAGAAAUUUACGAUGACACCAGUUUGUGGAAAAAACUGUUGGAUUCAAUUUUAUUUGUUUUUGUGUAUGAUAAACUUUGUAGUUGGAAAAUGUCCUGACAAGUGUCGCUGCGGAAAUGAUGACUUGCGCUUUGUCUCUUGCGAAUGGCUGGGACUUACAAAAGUGCCAGAUGACCUACCCCAUGAAGUGGAGCACCUUUCUUUAGAUGGAAACGAAAUCAAGGUUAUAAAGCAACUCGACUUCAAAAAUUUCACGAAGCUGCAGAUUUUGAGCUUGGAAAGAAAUGCAAUCGAAACCAUAGAGAAAGGUGCAUUUGAUCUUCUUACACAUCUAACGUCAUUGUCACUUGCUGGAAAUAGCCUCCGUGCCCUACCGGCUCAUGCCUUUUCAAUUUUAUCGUUGUCCGAGCUGUCUUUGGAGUUCAACGAAAUCAGUGAACUGCCUCGCGGAAUUUUUUCAUCCUUGAAAAAUUUGAAAAUGAUUUUCUUGAAAGGUAACCGUUUAUCAACAUUGCCUGCUGAGACAUUCACUGGCCUGCGGAAACUUGAAAAGAUUGAGCUCAGUCGCAACGCCAUCAGAAGAAUCAAGGGCACAGAAUUCGUUGGCCUUUCGUCCUUGAUUUGGCUGGACCUAAGCAGUAAUAAUAUUUCUUCUAUGGGAGCCAGUACAUUCUCAAGCUUGAAAUCCCUUGCUAGAUUGCAUCUGGAUAACAACAUGCUAGAAACUCUCCCAAGUUCUUUAUUUAAAAAUAACAAAAAACUUACCCUAUUCACAAUCCAUAAAAACAAACUUGUGUGUAACUGUAAACUGCGUUGGCUUCGCAACAUGCUCAGAGACAGGAGAAUCCUAGUGCCAAGCUUCCACGAAAUCAUUUGUAAAGGACCAAAAGUUUUACGGGGAGUUCCUUUGGAUCGCUUGAGUUUUAAAGAAAUGAGUUGUUUAGAUAAUGGGUGGAGUAGCUGGAGCACGUGGAGUAUUUGUAAUACCCAUUGUGGAGGAGGAUUGCGUUACCGAGAACGUCACUGUCAUAAAGAUAGGUCGGAUGUUCGAUUUGGUUGUGCGGGAACAAAUUUGAAACCGAAAACUGCAAUACACACCCAUGCCCAUUGUUUCCUGACACAGUGGUCGGAGUGGAGCCCAUGUUCGCUAUCAUGUGGUUACGGGUUGUCGACAAGGUUCCGUCAGUGCAUAAACUUUUUUACAGGUAAAGAGAGCAAGCUUUGCCUCGAAAGCCGCAAGGACACCAAACCUUGUCAUAUUAAACCGUGUAGAAUUGACGGUGGAUGGUCGCAAUGGUCGCUGUGGUCGCCCUGCUCGCGAACCUGCGGAAUAUCUGUAAAACGUCGCAAGCGUUCCUGUACAAACCCUGUCCCUCAGAACGGUGGCGCGCAGUGCGACGGAGGAUUUUCUCAGUCUCAAAACAGAUUUUGUUGGGGAAAAGAUUGUGUGAGAAAUCGAACAUGGACGAACUGGUCUGUGUUCUCUCCUUGUUCUGCUAGCUGCGGGCAGGGUGAAAGAAUCAGGCGGCGGUUCUGCAUCAAUGAUCUUCGAGAAGCAGUGGAAGGUUGCAAAGGCAACAACACCGAUGUAGUGAAUUGCACGGCAGGUUCCUGUCCAAUAGACGGAGGCUGGUCGUCUUGGUCUGUUUGGUCACGAUGUCAUCCGAUCUUCUGCAAAAAAGUACGUACACGAAACUGCAGUGAACCAAAGCCUUCUUACGGUGGAAAGUUUUGCAAAGGACAGUUUUCUGAUCAUGGGAAUUGCGAUCCACAAGAAUGCUAUAUUUAUUCUCAAUGGAGCGCAUGGGGCCCUUGGUCAGACUGCAAUAAAUCGUGUAAUGGUGGAUAUCGGACGAGACAUCGAAAAUGCCAUUGGAGUGACGAGGAAACUAUAGACAUUAAUGGAGGAGAAAAGACCCUGAAAGUCACCAGGAGCAGAAAUAAACGACAAAUUCGUAUUACCUGCGGUGCCGAUAGAACGGAAAAGGAGGAAUGCAACACCGUUUCAUGUUCGUCUGGGGUUGGUACUGUCUGGGGUGCAUGGGGCCGCUGGUCUUCUUGCAGAGGAGGAUGCAACGGUAAGCAAACUCGCAAGCGUACUUGUGUUUUUCCCACAAUAAGGGGGGGUUUGCAGUACUGUGAAGGUCACAGCAAAGAGGACAGGAAAUGUCAAUUGAGGGACUGUCAGAACAAUGCAAAGGAGACAGUCUUGUCACUAGGAGCAAAUUACCCGUGCGCCGGUAGUGGAAAACUAGAGAAUGGUUACGAAAAAAUAUCGAGAAAUGGGACUGUAGUGACUGCAGAAUACUCGUGCAAAAAAUAUUAUAAACUUCGUGGUCAAAGAAAAAGGACUUGCACUCCCGUUACUGGAUGGUCUCCUUCAUUCAGGCCUCAGUGUGUGCCGAUUUGUGGGAAGCGUACGAGUUUGUCUUACGAGCGUGCAAGAAUUAUCGGGGGUACCGAUGUAGUACGUGGGAUGUGGCCCUGGCAGGUGCUUAUAGAGAGCCUUUUCCAAAGAGAGGGUGAUCCGCGACCAGCAUGGAGGACGCGUUGUGGCGGAAGUCUUAUCAACGACGAAUGGGUUGUAACUGCCAGCCACUGCUUGUAUGAAAAGAUUUCAAACAAAUCCGAACGCCUUAUUGCACCUGCCGAUCACAUCCUUUACUUUGGAGUUCACAGUAAACACAACCGGAAAACGGACAGACUUGUGCAGAAAAUCGAAGUGGAGCAAAUAUUUGUGCAUCCUGAAUUUACCAGUUACGACUUGAAUAAUGAUAUUGCCUUGAUUAAGUUAAAGAAGAAAGUCCGGUUCACACACUAUAUCAGACCAGUGUGUUUACCAAACAAGGAUUAUAGAAAACAAGGUGCAUUGCUAGCCAAGCGUGGUUAUGCUGUUGGUUGGGGUUUAACCCUCAAAGGGGAAGCAGACAUAAUACAAGAACUCACACUCCCUGUUGUUAGCAAAACGGAAUGCAAAAAGGCCCACUUUGAAUACAAUGUCACUGAAAGUAUGUUCUGUGCAGGUCGAAAGAGAAGUUACUUUGAUACAUGCAAGGGUGACAGUGGAGGAGGUUUCUUGUUCUGGGAUCAAAAUCGUAAGAAAUGGAUGGUCCAAGGAGUAAUAAGCUGGGGAGGAAGGAGUUGUGGCGAAGCUGGCAAAUUCAGUGUGUACGCCAAAGUUGCAAGGUUUACUAGAUGGAUCAAAAGAAUGAUACGAAAAAACAGCUCAGGAGUCGUGCUGUAGUAGACCGGUAGCAUUUCUUAUUUUUUCAGCAAAAAUCGCAAAGGAAGAGGUUUUCCAAGUAAUGCGCAUAGAGCCUCGGUCGUAAAGGACAGCAUGAAAUUGAGUCAGUAAAGAUCGCCAGAACGAUAGUAUUUCACGAUUGGUGUGUAGCGGCGUGUGUUUUUAUGCAGUUGAAUGUUAACAAUCAACUUUUUGAGACGUGUGUUCAUUCAUAAAAAAUCUUUGACCUACAGGCAAUUCUACCAAUAACACUGAACAUAAAACAUUUCCUGAUUAACGAUUGCUGAAGGAUUUUCACUUAAGCAAUUAAUUAGCGAAACGGAUCUUUUUGAGACACAACUGAAUAUCUUUAAAGCUAAUUUAUAGGAAUUUAUGUUAUACUGUUUGUGAAUGUCAAAAAUUGGUUUGAAACUUGAUUACGGUUAAUAUGUAAUUAAGUCUGCACGAAACAUGUUUGUUUAAAGCUCUUUUUACCAUGUAAAAUAGUUAUAUGUAUGUUUUAUCAUUGAUCAUUUUUAAGUUAGCCUGUGCCAACAUGUGUUAGUGAAUAUAGUUUGCUUUGCUCGUUUAAAGAGCCAAGCUUACGGUUUUUAAAGUACUAAAAACCAUGUUGGAUCAUACAAUACAGUUUUUGAAUUGCUAUGCAUCAUUUUAUAUUUCAGAUAACAGUUCCCACCUUAACAUGCCAAUUAUAACAUCGCAAUAAACUUCCAUGAGGAACUUCCAUGAGGAACUUCCAUCGAGUUGUCUUGUACUAAAGAGCAGAAUGUGGUUUUAGCCUGCGAUAUUUUACAUAAAGUAUGAAAAGUUAGAACAUAUAGAGCAUUUCACAAUAGUUUAGGCAAAGGCGUUUAGUAAACUGGAGAAAGCAGUAAACUUAAACAUGUGGAAAAUCUUUGCUAUAUGUAGGGGAGUUUUGAAUAGUUUUUGUAACUCCACUUUUUCAGCCUCCAGUCUCCAAAUUAGUAAGCCUCUCGAAGGUUUAUAAAAGGUUUCUUUGAAUAUAGCUGUGCUCAAAGUAAAAUCGUUUGUCAUUUUUCAAGUAUCCCUCAAACAUGCGCAUAGGAUGUCGUAGACUCAGUCGUAAAAACUAUCACUAUGACAAUCACACUUUUGAAGAAUUGUUUAGUGAUGAAGUUAUACUGUAGGCAAGGGUAUGAACAACUUUGGCUUAUCCCAGAUUAAUUAAUUUUAUCUUCCUUUGCAAUAUCGUAGUAUUGUUUGAGUUUAGAUUUGUUGCCAGCAAUGUUCUCAUUCAUUUGCGUCCCUUUUUCUUAGUACAUACCUUUAGUCGAUCUUUGUAGACCUAUUGUCGUUUCAUAGCAGUACAUUGAAAUAUUAAAAACACCUUUAAUUUACCCCUAGCCAUUGUAUAGGCAUAUCCUAGGUAGCAUUGACACUAUUUAGGUGCUGUUACGUUGGUAGCUCUCAUUAAGACCUUUUCUGGGCCUAUCCUUCUGUUUGAAUUAUUUGUUGUUAAUCCGCCCCUUUCCCCUUUAUAUUUCCUAUUCUGUGCAUUGGAUAUUUUGCUUUUGACAGUCGUUAAGAAUCUUCAUAAGUUUUGUUUGGAAUUGUGAUAUCCAAAUAUCCACUGCUUUCUCGUUCAUAAGUUAUCUUCCCGAGCUCGCCCAUCCCAAGCUACAACGCACUCCCCCUGUGCCCCAUUGCUUCCCCUCCUUUGCUCUCUUAGAUACCAAACCCUAUCUAUUUCGUUCUUUUUUAGUAGCUAGCUGGCAGUUUUUAUCAAGAAUUCAUAUUGAAAUUAUUGUGUCUUUAGAAAGAGUCUUUGAGGUAAUAAUCCAAGUAAUGUAUGUAUUUGAAAAUUGUAAAUAAAGAAAUCAUUAUAUAAUAUUAGUGUUUGGUUUGUAAUUUUAAGUUUUUUUGAGGUACCUUAAAAGUUGUGUUUUUCCUUGCUUGCAUAUUUUACACGAAAAUGUUUGCAUAGAGUUUCUAAGCAAAUAUUGAUCAAUUUGUUAUUCCAAAUGCCAAAUCUGUGAGAGGAAACAA